GGACACACCCGUGGCCGUGGCACCCUUUGAAAACUAUCCAGGUGUUUCAAGGGUCAAGCAUCCUCGAGCUCUCUAUCGGUCUGUUGCAGUUUUUUUUUGUUUGUUCUUGUUGAAGAACCGCAAGGUCGCGGGUGUUGCUACCUCUCUACGCGAUUGUGAAUACCUGAGUGCGCGCGUGUAUAUUUGCGCGCGUUACCGCUCACAAACAGCGCACAACCCUCUCCGUUCGCCAAGCUGUUAUCGAGGUCCCCGGCUGGAUAAUACGAAGUGCGAAGGACUGCGACCGGCCGACAACAGAACGCUCGAGCGCGGUCAAAGCGAGCUCGCGAUAACGCAAGUUGCUCCUCCACCUCCACCCAGCGUUUCGCACAUCGUUGUCGCCACUGCAUAUGUUUGUCGCUGGCAUUACCGCGUCAGCUGUGCGGAGAUUGGACGGCCGGAGGGAGCGUUGUUGGUGAUCGCGGGUGUAGGUACACCGGAGUCACAAAGCUUGCGUGUGUGUAUAUAUAGCGACAGUCGUCACGUCAAUCAAAUCGCCCCGAGGCGGAGUCGCGGGCCGGAGGACUUCUGCGUGCCGCCGACGCGUCCGCGGUGCUUGCGAUGUCCCUGCAAGUCGACGAGAGACCUUCCUCCGUGUGCCCGGCGUCAAACCCUGCUUCGGAACGCCUCGGGGAUCCGGAAUGCUGCUCAUCGAAGCCAGUGUCGACGUCGCUGCCGCUUCACCGGCGGUGUGCGCGUUGGGCCGGAAGUCGUGUUUGGAGCGUGCUCGUCUUCUGUUUCCUGUGGCCGUACUUCCUGCUCCGUCUGCUGUGGCGCGCCUGGCUGCGUCUGCUCAAGGGCUUCCUGCUGCGCACCACUAGUGUCAUCCUCCUGCUGGGCGUUGGCUCCUUUGUCUGCUACAAGCUCUACUGCCAGCUGAGGCAGCGCUUCCGCAGGCGCAGGAAGUCCAAAAGGGAGACAGUGUCACUGCGGAAAGCCCAUGUGCGGAGCUGGAUAUCCGGAAUCGAACAUGGCAGCCUACAGGAGUGCUACCUAGAAAGUGACAAUGAGUCUGAGAUCAGCGAGGCAUCGCUACCCGACACCAGCCAGGCAUCUUUUGGCGACAUUCCCCAGCCUGUGACCGAGCAUGCCCAAGCUGAAAAAAAAUGUGAUGGCAGCUCAAGCUGCGGUGGUGGCUUCUUGAGCGACGACGACAUUUGGGACAUGGGAGUCACGUCGAGCAACCCGUACGAGCCGGUACGCUUCGACAGCCAGUCAGGUGACGUGCGUUUUCAAGGAUGUGCGCAGCCAAAGGCUUCAACGCCGCUCAACAUUGUGAAGAACAACCAGAAAAGUGGCAGCGUGCGUCAUCGCAACAAGAAAGCAAAGUCAGAUGAAAGUUGUGCUGUGCAGCCGACCAGCCACAACCCAAAGGGGAACUCGAGUGUCAAGGCAGACAGUGGCCGUGGAGAUUUCUCGGCAUCUGUCAAGAACAAUAACAACAACGAUGACCGAGCGCCGCUGUCCGAUGACUCCAUCUCGCAAGAGCCUGAGGGUCUACUAGACUCGCUUUCCUAUGAAGGCGGUGGUGAGGCAGCGACACCAUGGGCGAAUGACACCGUCUCCCUUCUUGCCAACUUCAGCAUUGGCUCCCUGAGCGAACGCAACCGGCGCACGGAGGAACUCAUCUCAUCUCGCGUCGACAGUCAGGGCGAAGAGACCGACGACUUCUCUCUAGGCGGUAUGGUCUCCGACUCUGCGCUGCUGCGGCUUCGCAAUUCACACUCUCACCAGCUUUCUGUGGACAGCGAGGCAUCUGACUUGAGUAUAUUCGAGAAGGCACAAGCACCACUAGAAGUUCCGUGUGAGGCGUUUGAGACCAUCGACAAGAUAGAGACCAUCCUCCACGACACAAAGCAAGAACUGCUCGACCUCGACGCCGAUUUGGUCAGCCUUCGUGUGUUCCAAAAGCUUCCGGCGAACUACGAUGUUGUGCUGGGCGAUGCCGGCAAAAAGAGUGCCGAGGAAUCCAUUCGUCGUGCCAGUGUCCGUGAUGCGGACAUUCGUGCGGACAGCGGCAGCGACUUCGGCAACUCUCUCGAGUCGGACAGUGAAAGGCUGGCGAAAGAAUCGUCGGGGCCCAGCUUGGAGUGGGACUCCCUGCCAUUGUCGAAGCGCCCUGCCGAGCUGCACGAGUCCGAUUCCACGGACUUUGGUGGGUUCAGCGAGUGGUCCGAGAGCGACGACGGCGCACCUCGUCCGAGCGUGCUCGGCGUUGUGCGUCGCCACAGCAGUGGCAACAUUCAGAGCAAGGGUACGCUCCGUGAGGAGAUUCAGCGCAUUCUAUACGCCGAGUCAGAAUCCUGGAAACAUCACCUGGUGCGUAGCCAGACACUACCAGUGGACCAAAGUUUGCCCGAGUCGGAACGAAACUGCAGCGCUACAAUGUCAACAGUGCGGGAGCCUCUCUCACUGAACAAGAUCACCACAGUUCCAGAGGAGAGCUCUCUCAGUCCUAGUAGUGGGUCAGACUUUGCUUCGCUCACAGCGAGCAGUGAUAGAGACGCUUCUAUGGACACCAACGGAAAUGAUCUGAUGGAUGUGGAAAAGCAUGAUGAGGGGUCCACAGUGGAAUCUGCCGAAUCGCUAUUUAGCAUUGAGGACAAGGUGACACUGGCUGACUACAUUUUUGGGCUGCGCCGAAAGAGGAAGCACCAGCCUGGUGACGGAAUGGAAAAGACCCUUGCAGCUGUGCUAUCAGGGCUGGAAGUGAGGUCACUGCGGAGGAUCAAGAACGAUGGUUAUGCCGCCAUCCGAGCCGCUGGCUUCCAAAUUUUGGCAUCUGGAGGUUCCAUCCUUGCUGGACACAGAGGUGCCAACGGUGUCUACCAGCGGUUCCACGACACAUCUACAGGGGCCAAGACGUGGCUCGAAAGCUGGGCCUUCCACCAGAGACUCCAGUACACCCAGACUCUUCAGGGCUUCUGGGAAUGCCUCUCCUCACUGCAGGACUUGGAGGAUCAGCUGCGGUUGACACCCAGCCCAGAGGCAAUGCUUGCCGGCAAGUUGAACGAAGAUCCCGCACUUGAUGCGAAGCUCAUGGAGGCAGUAAAAAUUGUCAUGCUCAAGUCUGCUCUGGACCUGUUUGUGGCGCAGAAGGAUAGCGACGCCCCUUGCCCUUUGUUCGCAACGCUCCUGUUUUCACAAGUCACGUCAACGUCGCCAGAGGUGUAUUUGGUCAAUCACAUCAGUCGGCUUGGCAAAAGCCGGGCACUACCAGAGGCUGACCUCUACCUCUUGGGCUACGCCCUGGGAACUACCCUGACUGUUGUACGGCCGAGUCGAGCAGGCAGCGAAGAUUAUGUGAGCCGCUACCCGGAGUGGCAAGUCGGCAGUUGGCCCGAGGCCGUGCUCGUUGAAUACGAAGGACGCUACUGGGCUUGUGCAACGUGACUGCCAGCUUCUGAAUGAACUCACUGGUGGCUGCUGUGUCAUGUGGACUUUCGCCAGCAGUCACAAACUGUCACGCGCGGUGGUUGGACUCCUUGUGUUUCGACCGCCAACGAUUGCUCGAGCCGAGGGUGGCACAGAUGUCUUGUUCGCUGCUUCUCCACAGUGCUAUGUCGUCGUAGCACUGUGGCCUUGUGUUGUCUCCAAGACCUUUCAUUAAGCAGACGGCGCACGAAGUCACUUACACCAGAACAGCACAAGGCAUGCAUGGGGCACGGAGAAGCAUUGCCAACGCAAACUUCCAGCCCUGCUGAUUUAGUUAGCAUCUUGUUUUCUUUUUCGGUGCUCGAUACGUGUGUUUCUUUGUGUUUUUAAUAUUAAUUUUACGCGUCGGUGGUGCGGAUGGGUCCACAGGUUCAAAACUGCACCUAAUGCUGGCUGCUUUAUGGAACUUGAGCCCACUGGAAGACUGCUGUUCUUUUGUGCAGAGAGGCAGUACUGCACAUACACAAGCGUAAUGGUGGCUACUAUAAUUUGUGCGCAAUGAAGCGCACUGGAUUUAAAGGGGCCAUUAUUGCUUGUUCCUCAGUGAGACUUGAGUGUGAGGAGCUCAACACUCGAACCAAGUAUAGGCUUCCAGUGUAUGUAUGCUUAGGCCUAAUUUUCUGACUUGGGCUCCAACUUCUAUGCUUAACUUAAGCCAGCAGAUUAGGCCUAAGUUUUUAGGCUUACGUUUUUGAAAACUUAUCUAGGUGCACUUUUGGUUUCGGUGACACGGCUAGGAGAUGCCAAAGAGCAUGAAUGCACGAGACGCUAUACGACCCUGUGCUUAUAGCUUGUCCUCGUCGCUAGCAUGUUGCACAAAGUAUUGAAAAUGUUUCAACCAAUCUGGUGCUGGCUGUUCAGAGUACCAGGAAGUGUGUGAGACUUCUUUUCUGCGUGUGUGUACCUCUAUGCUUUGCACAAAGCGUUUGAAAGGUGCACUUAAAGGUUAGCACACUUCGACCUUCUAAGGCCAAUGAAAAAUGUAGAGGGUUCCAUAAAGCACGACUAGGUAAAGCAUGUGGGGCACCCUGUUAAGCACAGCUGUUAAAUUUUCCCAGCGCUUGACCGCAAUCAAACAAAGCACUUGGCGGAAUUUGCAGCAGGCCAAGCCAGCGCGCAUUAGCCCGACAAAGGCUCUAGCGUGAGCAAUAACUCCCACUGAGGGAAUGGUGAUUGGCAAUUGUCUUGAGGUGUUCCGUAAUGUGGUUUUGUUCAUGCUGCUGCCUUUGCAUAUCUGUAGGAAAGAAAACUACAUUAUUUGGUGAGCUCCCCAUGUUGCUAAACAUGGUAAAGCAUGCCUGCUGCCGCUUGCCUUCACGUGUGAUUCUGCAAGCAUAGCCCCUGUAGUACAAAAGCUGUUUUGCUGAAGUUGUUUGUAGGAGUAUUCACGCAAUAUUGUUGGUGUACCAAAGGGCUGCUGUCUACUCAUGGCUUGGCCAGGAAGAGCACAAGCCUGCAAGUCAGACGUCUGCAAAGAGAAAUCAAAUAGCCGGCUAGCAGUGCUGCAUUCAUUCACACGAAUCCUAUUAACAUCCACAGUGCUUGUAAAAAUGAAAUAAAUUUUUAUUAACAUACCUAGUAAUGUAAGCUUGGUUGAGGUAUACUUCGUGCAUGGAAACUUGUAAGACUUGCUUUUUGAACUUGCAAAUUAUUUUCGUCUUGUAGAAAGUUAAAAAAGCAAUGUUGCAUGGAGCUGCCACGUUUCGGCAAGCAACGCUAUUGCUUCUCGCUCAGGGAAUCGGGUUAUGUCAGAGUUGCAUUUUUGUUUUCUUUGUGUGCGUGCGUGAUCAUAGCCUUUAGCAGGGAGUAACUGUGCAGUACUGCUGGGCUUUGUAAGCUGUGUAAGGUGCCUAGAAAAACAGCCAAUGCACGAAGUGACAGGAACACACAGAAAGGAAGUUGAACGGACAAGAAUUAUCAACCCCUUUUCUGUGUGUUCUUGUCAUCUGUGUUGGCCUCUUUUCUAACUUCAACAUAUCGCGUUUCCCAACCAGCAGAUUUACUGACGUGCAGAUGCUUGCUGCUAGUAAGGUUUGAUCUUCACACACUGCAGAAACAUUUAACUACAAAUUGGUGAGCAUGUGAAUAGUUCUGUGGACAAAAAAUUACUAGGUUUAACGACUAAACUUUCUGUGAGCAACGGUGCGUUCAACAUGUCUGACAAUGACUAAUAAUGGUACACUGACAAUAUUGCAAACACAGCAGAGCAAUACGCUUUGCUGCUUGCUGCUGUUCCUUGCAAAAUCAAACCUCGUAGCAGCUUGCAGGACCAUUGCGCUGUUAUCUGUGAAGUGCUGGGCAUACUAGCUCAGCAAGAGGAGAUGCGAGGCCUUCUGUUGAUGAAUGUCGUCCUUCGCGAGAGUUCCUCCCUGCAGCUUUGACCGAGCAGCUCGCUAAACCCAUCGAAGCUGCGCAACAUGCAAUAAUCUUGUUCCAUUGGGCAUGCAGCUCUUUCUCCGCCAUGCCAGCUUUCUCGUGAGUCCACACAGCUUGACACAAUGCCAAGUUCUUAAAUGUUCAUACUCUUAAUGCUCCUCAACUUCUGAGAGCCGAGAGCAGCACCACUUCUUGCAUGAAGUGGUUACUGUACUUUGCUAACUCUCCUCUGCGAUACCUUGCCUACAAUUUUAUUGUUGAUAACAAAGAACGGAGGAGUGUUUUGUGAGCAAACUGUCACUGCUGAGGAGUGUUUCUGAAUUGGAGCAACUACUUCAGUCUUGAAGUAGAGUACUGCCCAUACAUACUCUCGGAACCUUGGGGAAGUGUUUCAAGAGCUGGAGCUUUAAAAUAAUAAAGAGGGCAACUGCUCUUCCAAACACAA